UAGCUGGAUGUGACCUUGGCACAUAUAUUGAUCGUGUUACUCUUGUACUUAUUUUAUACCGGGCUUGACUGAUCCUGUAUUGUUCAGAACCUAUUUGAUAGGAUUAUUUUGUCAAACCCUAAUGGAACAAGCUUGUGUCAAGUCUUCUCAGCACCGUCUAGAUGACUGGUUAAUUAUUCUCAAAGAACAUCAUAUUUUAAAAUCUCUUGGCGAAGAAAGAGAGGCGUUUGAAAGAAGUUUAGAACUUCCAACGAUUCCUGAAAUGAUAUUCGAUCAAAAUUCCUUAUCAAUUUGUUUCUGUCAACCAAAUAAUGAACAAAUAUGCAAAAUUGAAUUUAAUGCACUUGAUGCUCUUAAAUUAGUCGACCCAAAGAAUAUAACUAUAGAGGUACCAUUUGCAAAGGACUGGAGAGAUUCUCGAAUUACUAAUCAAGAAGACAUACUGCCACAUAAACCAUAUGACUGGACUUUCACUACUCCGUAUACAGGCACUUUGUCUGGUCCCUGGAGUAUAUCUCCAACUUCUGAGGGUUUAGAUAUGGAGUAUUUACGUCGGAAAGAUCCUAUUCGCUUUUUUGUUAAUACAACGCUAUAUGAAGAUGAACUAGGUGAUAAUGGUGUAUCUAUUCUGAAUAUAAAGUUUCGUGCAAUGUCUUCUGGUUUCUUUUUAUUACAACGUUUUUUCUUACGUAUUGAUGGUGGACUAAUACGAGUGUAUGAUACUCGACUACAAUGGCGUCAAAAUGAUAGUUAUUUAAUUCGUGAUAUACGCCGAAUGGAAAGUUCAUCUUGGAGAGAAGAUAUGGUUGGCAUCAGUUUAGAAAUAGCAGAUCAACUAUGUGAUACAGUUAUAGAGCAUUAUACAGAAAAACUUGUACCACCAUAUGUAAAUUCACCCUAAAAUUAUCAAUAACUUAUGUAAAUAGUAUUAUGUGUUCAAUUAUUUCUAUCGAAUUGUUUGUUAUACAAGUUUGUAAAUUAUUGAACAUUAUUUCUAC